UGUCGGAGCUGAACAGCGUGACACUGAGCGGAAGUAAACAACGCGGUGUGUGUGGUGUGAAGAGACUCAGAUUUGUGUAACUGAAGAAACAUGACGUGAGGCACCGGACACACCGAGCUGUGCGCGAGCUGUGCGCGCGGUGUGCGCACCUGUCCGUCGCCAUGCCGUCCUCCCGUAAGUGCGUCUUCCCGGGCUGCCGUAACCUGCAGAGCAGCUCGGUCACUCUGUUCAAGUUCCCCCGGGACGAGCAGCUGAAGCGGAGGUGGGUGGACUUCGUGGUGGGUCACGGUGACCGGGAGCUGAAGAUCACCACCAACACCCGGCUCUGCAGCGACCACUUCACCCCGGAGAGCUUCACCAACUUCCAGCGGAGGCUGCUCGGAUUCACCGACAACCCGCUGCUGCUGGUGACCGGGGCCGCGCCGACCGUCUCCCUGCCCGGGCUGCACCCUGCUGCCCCGACCAUCUCCCUGCCCGGGCUGCACCCUGCUGCCCCGCCAAAUGUGUGUCAGUGUGGCAGGCUGCAGACAGCCAGCAGAGAGGUCGGCUGUCAGACGGACCUGUCUGUGGGGAAAAGGACUGUGGCCACACAACAGACUGAAACAAAGAAUACAGAGCUCCCACAGCAACAUGUCUGGAUAGAGGAGGAGAUUCUCGCUGACCAGGAGGACCCAGAAGCUCAGCAGAUUAAGGAAGAAGUGGAGGAGGUGGAGGUCUGCUCCAGCCAUGAGGAAGAGCAGUUUCAAGUGGAGCUGGAGAGUGACACCUAUAUGUUGAUUCCUCCUUACGAAGAAAGUGAUGACGCUGAGCCAGAAGCAGAAAGUGACCAACAACUUUAUAACUCAGAUGUGGACCAAGAGGACGCUGAACUGCAACAGAUUAAGGAGGAGCAGGAGGAGGAGGCAGUGUGCAGCAGACACGUGGGGGGGCAGACUGAUGUGAAGCUGGAGACUGACACCUUUGUGUUCAUUCCUCCUUAUGAGGAAAGUGACGACCAGCUCUGUGAUCAGGAGAGGAACUACAGUUUGGACCAAGAGGAGCCAGAAUCUCCAAAAGUUAAAGGACAACUGGGGGAAGUCUGCACCAGUCUGGAAGGGGAGCGGCUUGAACCAAACACUUUUAUGUUGACUCCUACUUGUGAGGAAAGUGACCACACUGAACCAGAACAUGACGAGCAGCUCCUCUUAAACGACUCUCAUGUAGCUGAGAGCCAAGAUCAGGACGGAGGCGGUUAUGAAGACUCAGGAUCAGCUCGAAAUCCAGCUCCAGAAAGUCACAGUCCCAACUUAUCAGAGAGUAACAGUAAUGCUGAGCCAGGUAAAAAGUCUCUCCAGUGUGACACCUGUGGGAAAGAGUUUCAUCUCAAGUCAAAACUGAACAGACACGUGAGGAUCCACACAGGUAAGAUGCCACAUUCGUGCAACACCUGUGGAACUAGAUUCAGUCAUAUAUCAACGCUGAACGCUCACAUAAGGCUGCACACUGAGGGCAAAGGUUUCAGAUAUGGAAGCGCCUUGAGAGUCCACAUGAAAAGUCACACAGGUGAGAAGCCGUACCUGUGCAAGAGCUGCGGGAAAACAUUCAGUGCCAGUUCAGCAUUGAUCAGACAUGCGAGAAUCCACACAGGUGAGAAGCCGUUUUGUUGCAAGACGUGCGGGAAAAUCUUCAGCUUCAUUUCAGCGUUCAUAAAACACAAGAGGAUCCACACAGGUGAGAAGCCGUACUCAUGUCAAACAUGCGGGAAAGGCUUCAUACAAAGCUGUCACCUGACCGUCCACAUGAGGAGUCACACAGGUGAGAAGCCCUUUCCAUGUAAAACAUGCGGGAAAGGUUUCACUCAGAGAGGUCAUCUGACAGACCACAUGAGGACUCACACAGGUGAGAAGCCGUUUUCCUGCAACACCUGCGGGAAAGGUUUCAAACAUGGAAGCGCCUUGAGAGUCCACAUGAGGACACACACAGGUGAGAAGCCGUACCUGUGCAAGACCUGCGGGAAAACCUUCAGCGUCAACUCAGCGUUGAUCCGGCACGCAAGAGUCCACACAGGUGAGAGGCCGUACCUGUGCAAGAUCUGCGGGCAAAGUUACUCGACAGUGUCUGUUUUGGCGAAGCACAUAAGGUCACAUUCAGGAACGUAGCCUCAUUUUACAGAAUGCAUCAAAGACAUUCAGACUGUAGUUAAUCUGCCUGCACGAGGGACGUCAUGGGACCAAAUAAAAAAGAAAAUGACAUUUACAUAGUUUCCUUUUUAUUGUCAGAGAGUUCAGUCUCACUGGACUGUUAAUGUUCAAGUCUGAGUCAUAUUAAUGUUGUGUUGAUGUUUUGAUGAUCGGGUGCUCAUAUAAGGUGUGUUUUCUUAUAAAUAAAACAAUGUUACCUGGA